CACUAAUAUAGCACACACCUACAUACGCGUACAAACACACCAACAGUAUUUAUAUACAGGACUUACUAGAAAGGCUAUGGUUGUGGCGUGCGUUAUCCUUGAAUCUGACUGAUAUCGCGUGCUCGUCAUCUUCACAACGUGCCACCAUGGCGAACACCAUGUUGUCUGAUAGUACUACGCACGCAGGAAAGGCUUCUGAAGUGAUUGCAAUCCUUUCUUCUGGCGAGUCUUCAGAACUUCAGAACCAGAAAAUCCUAUCCGAAAGCGUUAGUUCACCCAAGAAGCAGCCAGGUAAAUCUACAGACACUUCAACAGACAGCUCGGUAUCACCCCCACCCCUCGCUAGACUGAUUAGACCGAAAAUACAACCUGCCACACACGAACACAAACAGUCGCAGACACUGACACAUGGUACACUGACACAUGGUCAUAGCAAAGACAGUGUCGCACCUAUGGAUGUGGAUGGAGUGGACAAAAGUGUGGUUGAUGAAGUGCAAGGAACGGCCGAUGGUACUGUAACACCGUCGACAAUGGACGCGGUUAGUAGCGCGAGAACGAACAAAGACUCGUCGAUAGAAGCAGGGACAACGGGUGUUUCAAUAGGAAUCCCGUUACAUGCACAAUCCCAAUCACAAUCACAACCACAACCACAGGCACAUGUAGGCACGGUAGAUGAGAGACAAAGCGGUACGAAUGCGGGAUCUGUAGCUGAACAGCAGAACGCAACGGGGUCUAUAGAGCAGAUGAAUGGGCAGACAGUACAACAGGGGCAAACGCAGGCAGACCAGAAUGCACAGAAGCCUGCACCUGCACACACACAGAGGAACAUGUUGACCCUAGUGCAGUCUCGAGCUGAAAAUAGGCUGCAGACAAAGGACGCCUCACAGACACCGACAGAUGGACGGGCGAAUGCACACACCAUGGCAUGCUCAGAGGAUGCAGACACCUUGCAACAUCGAGACGGUGCACAAUUACAAACACACACAACGCAUGCACCCGCGACGCAGAAGUCCACAUCACCCCAUCCCAAUGUUAUAGGUAUGCCCGGGGCACAUAUUCGUCCGAGGGUAUUUUCGGCUGAUGGGAUGGUUAGACCGAAGGUGAUCUCAGCCACACACUCCCACAUGAACACACAAACACACCCGAAACCUAAGGUUAUAGGGAUAGGGGUAGGGCAGGUUACCAAGGCAACGCAACAGCAGAUACGGGGACUUACACCGCCAUACACACAGGCACACAUGCGCACACUGCCGAUUAAUGGUAGCCUCACAUCCAACACCCCCCCACCACUUACACAAACAGUACCAUCAACAUCAACCGCACACACACAACAGGGUGCACAAGUAAACGCACCGACACAAGCGCAGCCACAAAUACCCCCGCACACACCCACACCACAGCCACCCACAGACGCAAUAGUAAUCAUGGCAACCGCAGCAACAACACCAGCACCGUCACAGGCAACCGCAGCAACAACACCAGCACCGUCACAGGCACCUUCAGCUACACCGUCCAUCUCGAAUUCCAACUCAACUAUGAUAACAGCGGCGAAUAAUACCGCUCAUGGCUCGAAAGGAGCGAACGGCGAAGUGCCUCAUAAACCAGGUUUUUCUGUGCUGGUGAUAGAGUGCGGCAAGCGGUACGACGUGCAGUGCGGCGACACCGUACGGGUAGCCGAGGUAAUAGAAGUUCGGUACCAAAAGGAACGGCUGACAGAUGUGUACCUACACUACGACGGACUUAAUAGACGGCUGGAUGAAUGGGUACCUGUUGACAGACUCAGUGCCUUGCCCCAGUCUCCGGUUAUGGGACAAGGGAGACAAUUGCAGGCUAGGAAGCUGAGCGGGGGGGUGGGGGGGUCGGCAAAUGGAGCUACGGCCAAGCUGGCGGGGACCGGGGGUCUGCGGCAUGGGACAAAUAAAGAGGAGCGCACGCUCACGCGCAACAUGAAACGCAAGCACGACGAGAAAAACCACGUGCAGAAGACAUACGACGAGAUGGACCCGACCACCGCGGCGCUGGAAAAGGAACAUGAGACCAUGACCAAGGUCAAGUACAUCAACAUCAUCCAGCUGGGCAAGCACGAGAUCGACACGUGGUAUUUCGCGCCAUACCCAGACGACUACGGUAAGGCUAACAAGCUGUAUGUGUGUGAGUACUGUCUCAAGUAUGUCAAGUAUAGCAGGACCAUGUCUCUGCACCGGGAGCGGUGUUCACACCGGCAGCCGCCCGGCCUGGAGAUCUACCGGGCCGGGGCUAUCUCCGUGUAUGAGGUGGACGGGUCUGAGUCACGCCUGUUUUGCCAGAAUCUGUGUCUAUUGGCCAAGCUAUUUUUAGAUCACAAGACGCUGUUCUUCGAUGUGUCGCCGUUCCUGUUCUAUGUGAUGUGUGAGGUGGAUGACCACGGUGCACGCGUGGUGGGGUACUUCUCUAAGGAGAAAGAGUCUGUGGACAACUACAACGUGGCCUGCAUCCUCACCUUACCGCCAUACCAGCGCAAGGGGUAUGGGAAGUUCCUGAUCGCCUUCAGCUACGAACUGACCAAGAUGGAGGGCAAGCAUGGCUCACCGGAGAAGCCGCUGAGUGACCUGGGGGCGUUGUCAUAUAGGAGCUACUGGGCCGGUGUGCUACUACGCACACUCAGAGAUACGGUGGGUACGGUGACGGUGAAACAGCUGUGUGAUCGGACGGCGUUCUGUGAGGAGGAUGUGGUGUCGUCCCUGCAAUCCCUGGGCCUGAUUAAGGUAGAGGGUGAUAUACUAUGUGUGCUAUACUACAAUCCGCAUCGUUUGCGAGCCGUGAUGAUGAUGCAUAUAUAA